AUGCAAUUCUCAACCAAGCUACUGCCCCAGGGGCGCGGGAUGUCGGUAUCUGUGUCUCGGAGCAGGGCAAGCUCCCUUACUCCCCCAGGAACUCCUGGGAAUCGGUCGCCCAAUAACACCACUCCCAUGGCAGACCGAGUUUCCCCCACUCGUGCAGGGGAGCUGUGGCUGAUUGAAAAUGCCAAAACCGCCAGAUCCAUGCGCAGGUUUCCCUACAUGAUGAGAGGUGUCGCAUCUGGGGCUACUCCCAACGAUGUACGAAACUUCUUGUCAAAAGUUGGGCCAGUAAAGGAAAUGUCUUACUGCUUUUUCGAUUUCGAAAAGGAGGAAGACGGGGACAAGGCGGUGAAAGAGCUGAAUAACCAAAUGUUUAUGGGUUACCGAGUCACUGUGCAAUUGGCCAACAGCGACCCUAAGACGCCGGACCAAAUGCGCGUCAUGUACGAGAGGAGAGAUGACGACUUUGACCGGAAGCGCGGUUAUGAUCGGAGUCCUGAGCCGAGGAGGAGGUCUCGUUCGACGCCGUCAGUCUUGCGAAGGCGCUUUAGGAGCCGAGACAGAGGGAGGAGCCCUGACGACAGGUAUUAUAGGGGACGCAGGCGGCACUAUAGUUACAGCAGAAGCAGGAGUAGGAGUAGGAGUGUCAGGCGGAGGAGAGCCAGCAGCAGGCAUCGUAAGAGAGGGCAUCACAGCAGACACAGAAGCAGAAGGGGUCGCAGCAGCAGCAGCAGAAGUAGAAGCGACAGCAGUGCAAGCAGCGUUGACCGCCACCACAGAACCACGAGGCGCCGUAAGCACUCUAGGCUGAAGCACUCGCACCGAAGCCGCAGCCUUAGCCGCAGCCGGAGCCGUACGCCAGACCGCAGAGGCCGGGACACACGAGGAAGCCGGAGACGGAGACACAGAAGCUCUAGCUCAUCUAUAGACAGGCGUAGCAGCGGCGGGAGACAAACCAAAAGGCACAGAUACUCAAGUAGGCUAAGGAGAAGCUCUGGAGACAAAAGAGAGAGACGGCGGCACAGCAGUAGGCGAGACAAGACUAGCAGGAGACGAGACAGUUCGAGUUCGCUGGAUGGCAGAAAGAAAAGUAUGAGCGGCAGCCGCAGCAGCCGCAGCAGCAGGAGCGACAGGAAGAGCAGUCGGCAGUCCCACAAAAGGAAGGAGCCAACGGCUGUAGCAGAUGACUCAGCAGUGCCAACAGCGAAAGACACGAAAGCAUGUGCAUCUGGUAGUCGUGACAUCGUGGACGGCGUAGAAGCAGGCAAAGAAGGGGACAAAACUGAAGAUGCGGUUUCUGUAGUAAAUAGCAGCGGCAGCAGUGAAAGCGCUAGCAGGAGCAGUAGCAGAAGCAGGAGUAGCAACAGUAGCGGCAGCGAAGAAGUUGAAAGUGAAGGAGACGAUGCUAAUGAAGACACUGGCAGUGCCUCAGAAGAGGAAGAGGUCGUGGGAACAGAGUCAGAAAUGGAAAACACACAGCCACAAGAGGCUGAGAAGGCACCGCCGGAACAGGUGGGCCUCACAGAUCCACCUCCUGGAAUUGUGUUGAGCGAGCGAAACGGCAGAGAGACGAAGACUAAACGCCAUCACAGCAAAAGCGAUAGGAAGAAACAGACCAGUAAGACGAACAACAGCAGCGGCAAACAUGAUAAGAAAGUGUCUCGUAAACACCGGAGGUGA